AAUAUGAAGAGGAACAGCAUCGUCUCAGGGGAAGUCCAAGAAUUUCGAUUUAUUCUCCAUCGUGUAUCGGAUUAUACGCGAAAAUUAAAUAGAAACUCUUUUUUAUAUUUUUCAUCGAUCUUAGAUCAGCCUUAUCGUUCCACUGAAAGGUACAUUUUCAUACGCAUAUCCGAUUCCGCCUGAAUUAUUCGAAACCUGACGUUGGAUCACGAACUGUACGUUUAACGUGAAAAAUGGCGGCCAACAUCAACGGUGUGUUCAGUGAAAAUUUACAAAAUGCAAUACUUCGAAGUAAAGUACUUAUCGUGGGUGCUGGUGGAAUCGGAUGCGAGAUAUUAAAGAAUCUCGUUAUGACAGGAUUCGUGGAUAUCGAAAUCAUCGAUUUGGAUACAAUCGACGUUAGCAAUUUAAAUAGACAAUUUUUAUUUCAAAAGAAGCACGUAGGAAAAUCAAAAGCCGAAGUAGCGAAAGAAACAGCGUUAACAUUUAAUCCCGAUGCAAAAAUAAUUCAUUAUCACGACAGUAUUACAUCCGUCGAUUAUGGCGUGUCAUUUUUUAAGAAGUUCACGUUAGUUAUGAACGCGCUCGAUAACAGAGCAGCCAGAAAUCACGUGAAUAGAAUGUGUUUGGCAGCGGACGUGCCGUUAAUCGAAUCUGGCACUGCCGGUUACGAAGGACAGGUGGAACUUAUAAAGAAAGGUUUAAGUCAGUGUUACGAAUGUACACCGAAAGCUGCGCAAAAGACCUUUCCUGGCUGUACGAUUCGCAAUACACCUAGCGAACCUAUUCAUUGCAUAGUUUGGGCAAAACAUUUAUUCAAUCAAUUAUUCGGCGAAGAAGAUCCGGAUCAGGAUGUUUCUCCGGAUACCGCUGAUCCGGAAGCAACAGAUGCCGCUGGCGAAGGUGCAUUGCAAUCGGAAUCGAACGAAAAAGGAAAUAUAGAUAGAGUCUCGACUAGAAUUUGGGCACAGUCGUGCAAUUACGAUGCAGAAAAGUUAUUUACAAAAUUGUUUCACGACGAUAUAAAAUAUUUACUUAGUAUGGAUAAUUUGUGGAAAAAGAGAAGACCACCUACUCCUUUGAAUUGGAAAGAAUUGCCAGAUGGAGUACCAGGAUGCAGCAAAGAAGUUAACGAACCCGGGUUAAAAGAUUUACAACGUUGGAGCAUUUCCAAGUGCGGUACGAUAUUUGCCGAAUCGAUGAAAAAUUUGAGCAAAGCGGUAAAAGUUUCGUCGGAUAAAUCGUCGUCCAAUCAUCUUAUUUGGGACAAAGAUGAUCAACACUCGAUGGAUUUCGUCGCAGCGUGCGCUAAUAUAAGAGCUUAUAUUUUCGGUAUACCGCAAAAAACAAGAUUCGACAUAAAAUCGAUGGCAGGUAACAUAAUUCCAGCGAUCGCAACUACGAACGCGAUAGUUGCCGGUUUAGUUGUUCUUCACGCAUUUCGUAUUCUGGAAAAUAAUUUGAAAGCUUGUAAAUCCGUAUAUUUGCGUUCAAAAAUGAAUCACCGCAAUCAGUUGCUGGUGCCGGAAAAAAACGUGAACCCGCCGAAUCCAAAAUGCUACGUUUGCGCGCCAAUGCCACAGGCUGUGCUAGCUAUCGACACGUUUAAAGCGACGAUCAAAGAAUUAGAGGAAGUAGUACUGAAGAAUAGAUUGAACAUGAUAGCGCCAGACGUGAUAAUAGACGGUGUCGGUACCGUUGUGAUUAGCAGCGAAGAAGGAGAAACCGAAGAGAAUAAUAACAAAUUGUUAGAACAGUUAGGAAUCAAAGACGGUACUAUCCUUAAAGUCGACGAUUUCCAACAGAAUUAUUCGUUGACCGUAACCGUAGUACACAGAGAACGGCCAAACGUAAAAGACGAUAAUCCAGAUUUCCUCGUGUUGGCCGAUGAAAAAGAUCUUAAACCUAAAGAGGACAACGAUUCGGUGGUGAAGCCGUCUACCUCGAACGGGCAAGUGGACCUGUCCGAUGAUAACGUAAUGAUCAUCGAAACCGAAACUCCGUCGGAUACAAUAAAGAAACGUAAAAUGGAAACCCCCGAAGAAACGGUAUCUUCGAAAAAACAAAAAGUAGAAGUUAACGACGUGGAAAAGGACGUUUGCAUUAUCGAAAACGACAGUAAUAACGACGUAGGUAGGAGCAGCCAUGUAAAAUCGAAAUCCAAAAUACAGAAGAAUUUAGAGGACGAUGACUGUUUAAUCGUGUACGAUGACAACGUGCAAACAGUUCCGAAUAAGCAGCGAACGAACUAAUCGAACGAAUCGAAAUACUUGGUUCGUAAUUUCAAAAGGAAACAUAGAUGGUAGAAGAGAUCAUCGCGUUUCUUGAAUUAAUUUCGAUAAAAUCCUGUGUUUGUAGAGAAAGCUACAUACGUAGGAAUUCCAGCAAUCGUGUCGUGCGCUACGAUAAUUCAUUUUUUUUUUGAUACGGUUCGCGAA